CGGACAAAACGACCAGGUACUGGCGUUUUUACAAAGAAAAAUCCGGAUGGACUAGUAUUAACCGUCGACGUCAUGCGGGAGCGCGUCGAGUUUCUCCGCUCCCUCGGCCUCGGCCCCGACGACCUCGCCGCCUACCCGCUCGCCCUCGGCAGCAGCGUCCGCAAGAACAUGGUCCCCGUCCUUGACUACCUCGGCAAGAUCGGCGUCCGCCGCGACGAGCUCCCGCACCUGCUCCGCCGCUACCCGCAGGUGCUCCACGCCGGCAUCGUCGUCGACCUCGCGCCCGUCGUCAAGUACCUCCAGGGGAUGGACGUCAAGCCCGGCGACGUGCCGCGCGUGCUCGAGCGCUACCCGGAGCUCCUCGGCUUCAAGCUCGAGGGCACCUGUCCAGUUCCUGUCCAUAGCUGUAGCACAAGGGGUUCACAUGCUCUCUCGCAUGCCUGCUCAACUACUCUGAUGCAAAAUUCGAUGAGCGUAUGAAGUGUGACACGAUUGGAGUUGAAGAAAUGGAGGAUGAUAAUUCCUUUGACAAAGAUAGGUUUAUGGAGCAAGUACAAUAUGAGGAUGAUGAGGAUAUGGAAGAGGAUAGCAAUUAUGAUGACACCGAUGAUGAGUUCAUCGAAUGAUUCCCUUCGUUCAUAGUAUCUAAUAUCAAUUGUUAGCUAACAAACUUGCAUUUAUGUCUUGAGCUUGAUGCUUUGUUGUAUAUGAUGCAGUAGUGAUCACUAGACUGUCAUUUUUGAAGGAUGUGCUUGAUAAACCAAAUGCUGGAUAUAAUCAAACUGUAGCUUAGAGCUCUGAUAUAUUCAGAUAUUUCACACAAUGCUUGUUUAACUGGGAAAUGAUGUAGCAUCGAUCCUUGUUA